AGAUCACUUUAUGUGAUAUUCAAGUCCUAAUUUUCGAAUCUUCGAGUAUAGGACAACGUUACUUGUUCCUUGUGUUUCCCGUUUGUAAGACUUUCAUGAUGUUACAAGAGCAAUGUAAUGGAAAAUGUUUGAUAAGGAAAACUUUAAUAAAAAUUGAAUAGCAUUAUAUUUUUUUAUAUGAUUUUCUUUGUGUUCUAUAACGAAGAUGAAUGAGAGUGGCAUUUUGUUAUAAGUUUUUUGUUAUAAGUUCAAACUUAACGUUUCAUAAACAAAUUAAGUGACCAUUUUACGAAGGCUUUUGAUAGUGUAGAUUGGACUUUUUUUGUCUACUGUGCUAGCAGCUAUGGGGUUUCCUCAGCAGGUUAUAAAUUGGAUUAACACUUGCCUUCAAAGUACUAGACUUAGUGUGAGCUUCAAUGGAAGUCUGUGUGGCUAUUUUCUUUGCUAAGAAGGGUCUGAGACAAGGGGAUCCCCUCUCCCCUUAUCUCUUCACUAUAUCUAUGGAGGUCCUUUCUAGAAUGCUAAAUAGAGACCUGCUAGUAAAAGCUUUCAAACCUCACCCUCAGACUCAUAGAAUUGAACUUACUCAUUUGUGUUUCGCGGACGAUCUGCUGAUAUUCACUAGGGGCACUUGUGGGGCUGUGGUAGUUGUAAAGAAGAUACUGGAUGCUUUCUCCAAGAUUUCUAGUCUCAACUGCAACCCUUCUAAGAGUGAGAUAUUUUGUGCGGGAACUGAUAUUGCUACUCAGAAUCUCACUGUUGAUGCCACUGGAUUCCAGAUUGGUCAGCUUCCUGUGCGUUAUUUAGGGAUACCCUUAGUGGCUGGGAAGCUCACUUCUAUAGAUUGUAAGGUACUUGUUGAUAAGAUCGCUGCAAGACUUAGAGGGUGGGGAGUCAGGACACUGUCUUACGCGGGGAAACUGCAGUUAGUAUGCUCAGUAAUUGCAAGCAUAACUCAGUAUUGGAUGAAUAUAAUCCAACUCCCAGCAAAGGUGAUUAAACAGAUUGAGAAGGCUUGUUCUGAUUUCUUAUGGGAUUCAGAGGAGGAAGGAAAGAAGGCAAAAAUAAGAUGGGACAGAGUAGCCCUACCUAAAGCUGAGGGAGGAUUGAGAUUCAAAGACCUCAGAAGUUGGAAUACAGCCUGUCUAAUCAGGAACCUAUGGGCAAUCAUUUCAAACUCUUCAUCAUUAUGGGCAAGCUGGGUAAGACAGUAUCAACUAUCUUAUACUUCCAUUUGGUGCAUUCCUCCCACUAUAAGUUGCUCCUGGGCAUGGAAGAAAGUAGUAAAGGUUAGAGUGCUCGCUGAGGGGUAUCUCCAGGCACGUAACAAUGGAGUCUUCUGGAAUGGCUUUCACAUGGAAAGAUAUUAUGUAACUAAGGUUUGGGAAACAAUAAGAGUGAAACAGCCCCAGGUUCCUUGGUGCAAGCUGGUCUGGAAAUCUCUCUGUAGCCCAAGGGACAAGCAUAUAAUUUGGUUGAUAAUCCAGGAUCGAAUAUCAACUCUGGACAAGAUUCAAAAGUGGAAUGCUGGGAUCAUAAAUCUCUGCCCUUUAUGUCGAAGUGUCCCUGAGUCUAGGGAUCACUUAUUUUUUGAUUGCAUCUAUUCCAGGAACGUUAUGCAGGUGAUCCCAGGCUCUUCCUCACUGUUGUGUAACAACUGGAAUGACACGUUGCAUCUGGCAACGACAAGGUAUAAGACAGACACUGAUUCAGCCAAUUAUGGCAGGAUGGUAUGGAUGAUGUUGGUGAGUGAGCUUUGGAGAGAGCGCUGCCGCAGGCUUUAUGACACAAACUUAUUACAGAAGAACAACUAGUGAAGAAGAUUCAGGAUCACUUAAGGAUCCUUGUAAAUUGUGUUCCAGCUGCUGCUGUGUUUGUCUCUGAUAUGUUGUUAGAUAGAGUUUCAGUUUGAAGGGGCUGGGUAAUGUGUAAAGGUUUGUAGCAGGUUCUUUUGUUUUUGUUGUUAUGUUUUUCAGUUUGUAUACAGAGACUAGGGGUGUGCUUUGUAUGAAAUUAGUGGUUUUCCAGUUAGGGUGGCACAAUGCGAUCCUUUCUUGAUGAAUAAAAUACCUUAUUCAUAAAAAAAAAUUAAGUGACCAUUUUGUAUACAAGGUAUAGUUUAGAGAUCUUUAUGGAUAAUUUCUCUACUUCUCCCUUCCAAACAGUUAAAAAUCAAGGGCAUUGCUAUUCGUCGCCCUAAAUUACCUUAUUCGUCGCCCUAAUUUUUAUCAAAAUGACUCAAAUAUCCUUAGUUUAGUUUGUAUCUCAUCUCUAUUUCCUAUUUUCAGAGGACUUUCCAUAUCCGGGGUUUUUUCGUAACCGCCGUUGGAACCAGCGGAUGGAUUGAAAACUCAUUUCCGGCGAGUUGAGAACAAGUCGGCUUUCUUGAUGGUCGGUUGGCUGAAUCCCUUUCCCCCUUCCCUUCCAAUUAUAUGAUAUGCAUAAGCAAAUAGCUAAUGUGGACGGCUGCAACUGCAAAGCAUAAAGCUGUAUUUUUCCCCUAAUGAAUAUAAAGUUGUCUU